ACGUUUCGCCCACGGACACUCCUGCUCUUCAGCCACUGGAGGGAACCUUUAGGCGGCUGUGGAUCUUCUGGCUCGGUCCUCACACCAAGGAUGGCUUUAAGCUCCAGGGCUCAUGCAUUUUCAGUGGAAGCUUUGGUGGGGAAAUGUCUAAAAAGAAAACUUCAAGACAACAAAGAAGACGAAGAAGAUCAUCUUGGAACCAGAAGAACCCUUGAGAAGGAAAGCCUGAGGAGCCCAGGCAGUGAAGAAGCUGCGGAAAAGAGACCGAAAUCCGCCGUCUUGUCCGGUCCAGAAACGGAUCUCAAUAAAAACCAAGAAUCCGUCCAGGUGGAAUUACAGGGAUCUGAGCUCUGGAGGAGAUUUCACGAGAUCGGGACUGAGAUGAUUAUCACCAAAGCUGGCAGGAGAAUGUUCCCUUCUCUCCGUGUUAAAGUGAAAGGCCUGGAUCCCUCCAGACAGUAUUAUAUCGCUAUGGACGUCAUUCCUGUGGAUUCCAAGCGAUACAGGUAUGUCUAUCACAGCUCCCAGUGGAUGGUUGCGGGGAACACUGAUCAUUCCUGCAUCACUCCAAGGCUGUAUAUCCACCCGGAUUCUCCAUGCUCUGGAGAGACCUGGAUGCGGCAGAUCAUCAGCUUCGACAGAGUAAAACUGACCAACAAUGAGAUGGACGACAAAGGACAUAUCAUUCUGCAAUCGAUGCACAAAUACAAGCCUCGCGUUCACGUCAUUGUCCACGAUUCCAGAUUCGAUUUAUCACAAAUCCAGUCCCUUCCAGCAGAUGGAGUUAAAACAUUUUCAUUCAAAGAAACUGAGUUUACCACCGUUACCGCUUACCAGAACCAGCAGAUAACAAAGCUGAAGAUCGACAGAAAUCCUUUUGCUAAAGGAUUCAGGGACCCGGGAAGGAACAGAGGAGUUUUGGACGGCCUUCUAGAGACGUAUCCAUGGAGACCCUCUCUUCCUAUAGACUUUAAGUCCUUUGGGGCAGAAACACAUGGAGGAAGCUCCGGCUCUUCACCCAUUACCUCCAGCGGAGGGGCUCCAUCACCUCUCCUUUCUCCAUCCUGCUCACCUCCAGCCUUUCACCUGCCAUCCAGUAACCUCGGAAUACAAUACCCAGAGACCUAUUUGCACAAUAUCAACAUGCCCCUGUGCUAUAAAGUCUGCCCUAGAAACGUUUUGAGACAGCGGUCUCUUCUAUUUUCCAACCCGGAGAAGCAUGGCGGCCCCGGCUCCCACAUCCUUCCUCCUCUCAUGGUGGAUGUGCCUUUGUUGUCUUCACUUGGCAUCUCCACGUCUAACAAACUGGAAACCUAUAAGGGUCAGUGUGUCCAAACUUCGUCGUCUGCCAAUCAAAUGUUGUACGGAUUACCUGCAUCUGGAAGCAUUUUCCCCGCAGGCACGCUCUCUCGGGAAACACUUAACUGCUCUCUACAUCCUGCCUACGGCUUUUACGGCUACAACCUUUCAGUGCCAUCUCAUCUGAUUACCGCAACCAGCCACUUAAAAAUGACAGACAGCUUUCCAAGUUCUUUCAGAGACGUCAGAUGCAAUAAUUCCCACUGGCAAUCCCCCGUAAACCAUUGCUUGUAAUGGGGCGUUUGGACUGUUGUAACGUGUAAGCAAUUAUUUAACCCGAAACGUCGACUAUUUCUAAUAUCGAGAUUCUGCUCUGAACCUUUAGCGACGGGGAACGCUGUAAGAAGCUCAAGGGGAAUCCAUUGGCAACGAGAUCACAGAUAACAGCCUAGAAACAUGGCGUCCAUCAAGAACGUUUUUCGCAGGCGGCAGUUAGUCUGUGACAGGUGUACUUAUAUUUUUUCUGGAUAUUUUAAACAUAUUUGAUAAUAUGACCCAAUAAAAUAUAACGAACAUG